AUCUCUAACCGAAAUUACAUGUAGCCCAAAUUAGAAGCCAUGAACACUCUUAUUUGUUCAUCAAACCCAACUCUUCAUCUCUCAAAUCUUCCAUCAAGGAAACCAAAUUUCUCACCUUUAAGCCCCAAACUAAGUUUAGGAAAACUCAAUUACCCCUUAAGCACAUUAAAUCCACCACAUGCUUAUAAUGCCAAGGGAUUUUCAAGUGUUGAGAGUGAACUUGUGAGUAGCAAGAAUAACAAUCCCAACAAGAACAAAGAUAAAGAUGAUGAGAUUCCUAGGGAAGUGUUCAACCGGAUCAUAGUUAGAAUAUUGGUGUCUGUUUUGGCACCAAUGGGUUUAGGGUUGGGAAUUUUGUAUGUGUUUGGAGAACUUAAGGUGAGACACAUAUGGGACAUGCCCAUGUGGGUGCCAUUCAUGACAACAUUCUUGACAUUUGGAGCUUCCACUCUUGGGAUUGCUUAUGGGGCACUCUCCACAAGUUUGGAUAAAGAUAGGGAAGGUACAUUUCUUGGCCUCAAUGAACUUCAGAACAAUUGGACUGAGAUGUGGCAAGAGGAGAAUCAGGAGGAUCAAAGUUAGACGGUAAUGUUAGGGAGACAAAAAAAAAAACAGUCAAAACUUGUCCUAUUUAACAUUUAUUAAUUGUCGCAAUAAUUAAUAAAUGUUAAAUAAAGCAACUUAUAACUGUUUUUUGCUGAUUUUUUUUCGUUACCAAAUAUUUCCGUAGACCUAAAGGUAGUGAUGAUUCACAAGGAAUAUUAAUUAAGCAUAUUGUAUAGUAUAUAGUUGGAUUUUGAUUAUGUAUUGUAUUGUAUCCCUCAACAAGCAUAGAUGUGUAAUUGUUAGUGCACCAUAUUUGAAAUAUUACUUUUCUAAUUGAA